AUGAAGUUCCUCUCAGUCGUUGCCUCCCUCGCUGCCAUGGCUGCAUCUGCCUCCGCCUGGCAAGUGCAAGGUUACCACGGAGAGUUCUGCAAAGACUCAACCCUGGUUUACCAGAUGAUGAACUCCUAUGAGACUGGCUGCUACAACAUGGAUCUUGGAACCGGUUACAAGGUUUUUGGCUUCAGUCCUAAUUUCGACGAUUCCACCUACUAUAUUAUGGCUUACUCCGCUCUGGAUUGUACUGGUGAUGGCACCCACUACCUGGACCUCAUGAGGGGUAACUCGGAGUCGUACUGCGCUAAGUCGGACUGGAACCUCUUGUCUUAUAAAGUUAUGAGUGUCUAA